GCCUCGUCAUUUUCACAAUCCGGAUUCAUUUUCCAUCCCCCAGCGCGCGCAUAUGACGAGUCAAAAUAACUCUCUUAUUGUACGGUUCUCUCUUCCGCCUUUUCUUCCAUUCCCUCUCUAAUUCCCCCUUUCCCCUUUCUCUCUCCCCCUCCGACUUGCAGUUAUUCGACAAAAUCAAGGAGUCGCAGCCGGAAGUCCUGCAGAAGGUCUUCGCCGUCAAGGGGGACAUCACCAUGGAGGGACUCGGCCUCAGCGACGAGGACGAGGCGCGACUGGCCGACGAGGUGAACGUGCUGUUCCACGCCGCUGCCACCAUUAACUUCACCGAGCCCAUGCGAGUAGCCGUCAACAUGAACAUGCUGGGAACCAAAAGAGUGGUCAGCCUCGCACGCAAGAUGAGGAACCUGCAGGCCCUGGUGCACGUCUCCACCGCCUACGGAAACUGCCACCUGCCCGAAGUGUACGAGGAGCUGUACCCGGCGCCCAUCGACCCCGGCCGCCUCAUCCAGCUGACGGAGUGGCUCGACGACAAGCUCCUGGAGGACAUCACGCCCCGCCUGGUGGAGCCGCGACCCAACACCUACACCUUCACCAAAGCCCUGGCCGAACACCUGCUCGUGAACGACGGGGAGGGCCUGCCCAUCACCAUCAUUCGCCCUUCGAUCGUGUGUGGCUCGUGGAGAGAGCCCAUCCCCGGCUGGGUGGACAACCUGUUCGCGUUCACGGGGCUCCUGGUGGGCAUGGGCAAGGGCGUCCUGCGAUCCCUCUACGUCAGCAACGGCAUCAAGCUCGACUUCAUCCCCGUCGACGUCCCCAUCAACCUCAUGAUCGUCUCCGCCUGGAACACGGCCGUCGGGAGAUACAAGCCCGAGAGCGUCCCCAUCUACUGCUGCUCAACCGGAACAGACCAGCCACUGACGAUCGAGGAACUGGCAGAACACCUGAAGAAGUCGGUGCGCAAAUACCCCUUCAAUUACCCCCUGUGGUACCCGGACGGCUCGGCUAAGAACAUCAAAUUCCUCCAUCAGCUCCAUGUCUACGCGGUGAACAUCAUCCCAGCCUACAUCGCGGACACCAUCAUGAGAAUCCUUGGAAGAAAGCCCAUCGCCGUGAAGCUGUGCAACAAGAUGGUCAAGGCCGUGAGCGCCCUGGAGUACUUCAUGCUGCGCGACUGGACCUUCCACACGUCCAAGACCAACGCCCUGUGGCGGUCCCUCAGCCCCGCCGACCAGGACCUCUACCACUUCAGCGUCAAGGACCUCGACUGGGACACGUACAUCCAGACGUACCAGAAGGGCUGCAAACAGUACAUCAUGAAGGAGGAGCUCUCCACCAUCCCCUUCGCCAAGAAGAUGAUGACGCGGAUGCACGUCCUCCACCGCAUCGUGCAGCUGUGCCUCAUGUACGGCGUGUGGUGCCUGCUGUCCACCGACACCGCCUCCGCCUUCUACUCCGCCUGCUUCAACGGCGCCUCCCAGCUGCUGUCCCUCACCCCGGCCUUCGUCGCGGCGGAGGAGGCGGCGGCGACCGGCUCGUAGGGCCCCGCGACAGGCGCCCCAACUCCCACAACCCGUCAGCCAGUGCCCAGAGGCCCCAGUCCAGCCACCACACGCGCAUCCAAGGCCUGUCAGCUGGUGUUGAGGUCUGGGUGAAGUCAUCCAGGAGGUCACUCUCGCUGAGACGCCUCACUGACACUAGCAUCUACCUCGUGAGCUCUGGAGGAGGCGCCGGGGAGGACCUCACCCUGUGCGCCCCGAUCAGUAGGGCAUUUUGCUUGCUACCUUAGUUGGUUCUUCUUAGCGAGUGAUCAGCGAGUGUCUGUAGAUUCAUCCCCGAGAAUUUUACAGGAUUUUUUGAAAGAAAGGGAUAUGAUGUGCUCAUUUUGCUUGGAAAAUUCUUAUACCAGUAUCGGACUUUCGAAUCGAGUCGCAUUUUUUUUUGGUCUCCAAAAAGAGGGUUGUAUUUGUUUUCAUAUUUCUGCAUUGUCUCUUUGGGCACUAACUCUCCCCCGCGAGUUGCACUAGGUCGCUCAACAUCACGUGAACAGGUGCUCAAGUACCAGUCUCUUAAGGUAACCCAAGGUAUUACCAAUAUGUAUAAUACCGCCUUGUAUAUAGUGUUUUUUCUUCUUUUUUUAUUCUUUAGUGGAAGAUGUUCUGCCCCAAAGACUUAAUGAAUCACAUGCCAUUUUAUCGAUGGACAUUUAACGAAAGACUUUUUAUCACAAAGUAUUUUUUUUAAACGUUUGCACACUUCUUUGUUAUAUCACGCUGUUAUGUUUGUUCUUUAUCAUGAUGGCGGUUACUUGAAAAUAAUAUUUAUAGGCUAAGAUUAUUUUAUUCUAUUGUGACAGUAAUAGUGUAAUCUGUAACUGUUGAACAAAAUAUUCUCAUCUGCUGACAGAUAAAUUGCCUUCAAAGUUUUGUACAUUCGUGUUCUCCAUAUUUUUGUCUUUAUGUCAGUGUAGUUUAUUGAUGAUAUAGUUUGUUAGGAAUCACUGCUUAACCUGGAUCAAAAAAAUGACAGCUUUGUGUGACCUCCCUCUUGACAUUAGGUUGAAAUCUCGAGGGCUGAAAUAGAUCGUGUUGAAGAAAAAUAUUCAUGGCAGGUUCAGAUUUCGAGAGCUAUGCUAUUUAACGACGAAGGGAAAAAAAUGAUGUUAGGUUCAAAUUCCGCGGGCUGGAAUAUUUAGCAUGGAGGAAAAAGAAACGAUGUUUAGGUUCUAAUUCCGAGGCUGGAAUAUUUAGCAUGGAGGAAAAAGAAACAAUGUUUAGGUUCUAAUUCCGAGAGCUGGAAUAUUUAGCAUGAAGUGAAGAUAACAAUAUUAACUUAAUUAAGCAUAGCCUAUUUGUGUCCCCUUAUGUCUCAUGCACUUACAAAGGGGUUCAUUUAGAAAAUAUAUUGAAAGUGGACCAACGCAUCGAGUUGUUUAUUGUUUUUUUUUAGAUAUAUAUUUUUGAUGAUGUACAUAGUCCUCUGUACUUCCAUACUUUGGCAUGCUCUAAAAACACACGAUAAUUCAUUGGUUUGUUGAAGAUUUAGGCAUUUUUUUUUUGUAUACAGUUUAUCACUUGUCGGUUUAGAUAGGUAAUAUGAAAGGUAUUUCACCUGUAAUAUCUACUUUUCAAGAUCCUUUCUUUUUCUCUUUCUCUCUCUUUUUAUCCGAAAUAACUUGAAAAUUACAUAUUACACGUACUCUCUCUGCUAUUCGCCGUCAUUGAUUUUAGACUUUCCGUUACGCAUAAAAGGAAAUGUGUUGUGUUGUCACGUGUAUGACAAGGGUCGGCACUCAGGUCUCACUUCUCUAUUUCGUUACAUCCAGGCUCUAGCAGCUAGCUCUCUACCCUUCUUGAUUUUGAAGGAAUUUUUUUUUCUCUCUCUCCCUUUCCCGUGUUUUUUUUUUUUUUUUUUUUUUUGUAAAUCCAGUAUUCAGAAUCGUAAGUGACUUCCCCCCCUCCCCCCUUCCCACUAUUCUUAAUGUCCAUCUGUACUAUUUAGGUUCAAUUUAUCGUUAUGUAUAUUUUCUCUCUGUCUGUCUGUUCAAAAGGGAGUGAAAAUGUACCUUCACUCUUGGCGAGUCAGAUGGUUGUAAACAGUAUUUUUGAUUUUUUUCUGGUGUAUUUCACUGCGAAGAACAAUGGAAAACAAGAAAAUAAUAAGCCUCAGUAUUCAACAAAGUUAAGUUAUUUGCGCCCUGAAGGAUAUAAAAAUCACCGUUGAGGACAGACUUAUUUAUGGUGACUUACUGAUGACUCCAUUCGCCAUCAUUUUAAGAAACCGUCAAAUAAUGCAUUUUGUCGGUUCUUCAGGAGCUCGAAGCCUCCACAAGCAGUCGGUGAAUUAUUGGACUGCACAAUGUACACAAAAGGUGCGCUGUACAUAAAGUUCAUUAUCCUGUGCACUGAAGUCUGGUUGUCGUCCUUAAGAAUGUCUAAUGCACCAGGUUUAUUGAUUUAUUUUUUAUUUAGACAGCACCUGUUGAGGCUACAGGAGGCUGUCCGUUGUAUAUAGUUUAGAUGAUACUUGUGUAUUCCCAUUUUACAUAUUAUUUUGUACUGUACUAAUUAAUUCCUCUAUUAUAAGGGUAAUUAAUAUUUUUUUUCGUCAUUUUAUUUUCAUUUUUUUUUUCAUUUUUGUAUUUAAUUUCCACGAUAUAGUUAUUUUUGUUUUUCGUCAUUUCUAUAAUCAUUUGUUGAUGUUUUUAAAAAUUCAUAUUAUUUUCUUUCCUUACGAUAAACUUCACUUCAAAGUCAUCAUGAGUGUACAUGAUACAUAUCAACCAAAAUCACUUUAUUUAGAGGAUAUAUUUAUAUAUCUGUACCAUUUUUAUCUACCAAUUUUUAAUGUACUAAUGAAUUAAAAUUUUAUUAUCGUGUUUUUAUAAUAAAUUCAUCCCUUAAGGUUUUCAUCACAAAUCUGUAUAGUUUUUUUUUUCAAUGAAUUUUUAUGUAAUGUUUGUGAGAUCCGAAAUCUACGUGUCUUUAAGAAUGUGACAUUGUACUUGUAUACUGUAGCUCUGAUUUUCAUUAAAAAAUUAACAAUAUAA